AUGAAAAAUGACAUCAUCCCAGCAAUAAAAGAUGAAAUCGUCCAAGCAGUGAAAAAUGACAUCAUCCCAGCAAUAAAAGAUGAAAUCGUCCAAGCAGUGAAAAAUGACAUCAUCCCAGCAAUGAAAGAUCAGCUAAAGGAAACAAGCAAAGAAGCCAACAAAAUUAACGCCAUUGAAAAUGAUGUGAAAGACUUAAAAGCCUUUAAGCGUAGGCAAGAAUCAUUUUACAUUUGUGAGUACUUCAAACCACAAGAAAAUACUCAAGUUUUGGAUCAUACUCCUUUAUCAAACAAGUGA